CUUCAAUUGGGUAGAUUUCGUGGCUCACUGCUCCAUUGUUGUUCGAGGAUGUACACUUGGGUCAAAUACCUUCUAUGGGCAUUUGCUCUUUCGACGUAUAAGUCCUUACCAUUUGCCUACUACGUCCGUAUCUACUGGGUCUUUGGAUCAAACUUGAUAUUGGCAAAGUACUUCCCGUAUUGGAAGUUCACCGCUAAGGACAUCUUUAGAGUGGAUAGAUUCCAGACUUAUAACUCACCGUUGGAAUGUGAUUUCUACUUGCACAAGAAUAACGCUUGCUACUUCGAGGAACUGGACAUUGCAAGAUCGCAAUUGAUGACUAGAAACUUCCAACAUUUCUUCCAUAACUAUCCUACAAAGAGUGGUGGUUAUGUCUUCGUUCCAGUGGCUAAUAUCUUUGGGAGCUUCAAGAAAGAGAUCAAGCCGUUUGCCAGAUACCAUAUAGACUCACGUAUCCUUGCAUGGGAUGAUAAAUGGAUCUUUAUUCUCUCUAAGUUUGUGCUGAAUGGAUCUGAAGCUGUGGCCUCCACAUGUGUUACCAAAUACGUGUUGAAGGAUGGUAGAAAAACCGUCCAGCCAAUAGAAGCAAUCAAGUUUCAAGGCUUAUAUAACGACGAUGCUGCUAAGCAGAACGAGGAGAACUUGAAACUGUGCUCAUGGUUGGUGAAUACUGACCAAUUGGAUAGCUUCGAGAUGGGUAUUAGCAACUUGUAAAGCCCAGUUACCCAUCAAUUGAAGUUUUUGGAUAGCGACUAACAGCAUGGAUAGACUAAUUGGCAGUAUUUUCGACCCCAUUUGUCUUCUGGGAAGUUCGUUGAGAGGUCUUUGCAAUAGUUGAAUCAACUCUGAGAUUUUUGAAUGAACGCUAGUAUGAUUGUCCUUUGCUCUAUGUUUAAUUUCUUUUAAUACAUGUAGUGGAACCACUAUGGAAGAGAA